AUGAUGGUUACCUUGCUACAGACGACCAUGGUCGUGCUGGCCGCCCGCAGUGUCACCGCAUCGCUCACGGACCCUGACGUCGGUGAAGGCUACAAUUUCCUGCAAGACACUGUCGGCGGUGCCACCGAGAAGUUGAUCGGAACGCUUGCCCCCAACGCUCCAGCUGAAACUACCACUUCUCAACAAGGCUCGACCAGUGGCGGGUUCUUCGCACCGUUCGGCACCGACGGGCCAUCCGAGGAACUCUUCGAACGCAAUGGUAGCCUUGAGAAAAUCGUGCCGAUCAUCAACGUUGCUGAGGAAGCGCUCAAUCAGCCCAUUCCUACCAACGACUGGUGGGGCAAUCUCAUUCACGUCACGGAUCUCAAAAACGUGUCCAACUACGCCGCCUGGUCCAACCCGUACGCGGUGAAGCUGCCGCGUGAGGCACCGUACGGACUGCAGACCUGCUACUCGUACACGUACCGGGAGAUUGGGUCGGAGGUCAACGGUACUGUCAAGUACUACAACCACUCGUACCACAACGACCUGACGCUGUCGUCGGAGGAAUUCUUUUCAUACGAGCCGACGUAUGAGGUCUACGAAUGGGACGAAGGAGGUGCUAAGCUGCGUACGUGUGACGAGACUACUGGUAAAUGCAUGGAUUCAGCGCUGGUCAGUGGCAUGGCCUUCGUGUCGGCUAAAUAUGACGGACUCACGCCUCGUAUUGAUACCGAGCACAACAUCACGUACGUGGACGACUCGGCGCCGGGCAAGUUUGUUAUCCACCUGAACAACAGCCAAACGUGGGUACUGUACGCCAGUGACAAGAGCCUUUCACUCCGUGUGGAGGAGUCGGUGGUGUUCUCUGUGAACGCUUCUGGUUCGUCGUUGGUAGCGGACAAGGGGUACUCUGGCACAAUUCGAGUGGCCCUGCUGCCAGAAGACGCGACUGAUGAUACCGUUUACGAUGAAUACGCGGCGUGUAUGGUACUCGGUGGUAGUGUGUCGAUGGAAUCGCGCACGGGUUACACGUUGCAUUGGGACGUGGAGGGCAGUUCGUGUGAGUCGGUGGGCCUGUUGCACUUCGCACUGCCGCACCAGAUCGAGUCGAUGACUGGGUCUCCUACCAAAACGACGAGUCCUGGGGCGAUAAUGAUGCGCUCGGCUACGCGUGGUCUUAUGGUAGGUCAAGUGACGACGAAUCCGACGUGGUCGUUCGUGGAGCCCGAAGCUGACUUCGAGGUGGACUUCUACCCUGCUCGCAAGCCGUCACCGUGGAUUGUUCUGGAGACGGACAUGCUGCGUACGCUACAAAAGGAUAUCAUGGGCAACUGGUCCGACUGGGACGCCGAUAGCUGGUACUACAACGGUAAAUACUUCCAGAAGUAUGCGUCGCUGUGUCUGAUGGCGGCGGACAGCUCGGUGGUGGGUCCAGACACGCUACUCCUGUCGUACUGUCUGGAAAAACUGGAGAAGAUGAUUGAGCCGGUACUCAACAACUCACUGUCGCCGCCGCUCAUGUACGACACGCUGUAUCGUGGAAUCAUCUCGAGCUCGAUCUUCAAGACGGGCAGUAUCUACACCGAGUUCGGCAACGGUAUGUACAAUGACCACCACUACCACUACGGCUACUUCAUCACGGCGUCGGCUAUGCUGAAGCACCUGGACCCAAACUGGUCUCGCAUGCCGGAGCUGGAGCGGAUUAUCUGGACGAUGCUUCGUGACGUGGUAAACCCAAGCGCGGAAGAUAAGUACUUCCCUCGUUUCCGUCAUUUUUCAUGGUACUUGGGUCACUCAUACUCUCACGGUGUGACAUCGAUCGAUAAUGGCAAGGAUGAGGAGAGUACUUCAGAGGAUAUCAAUUUCUUUUACGGUAUGACGUUGUGGGGCCGCGUGACGGGUAAAAAGGCUGUGGAAGAUCUCGGAAGUCUGAUGCUUCGUCUGGAUGCGCACGCUAUUCGCACAUACUUCUUACUGAAGUCGGACAACACGAUUCAUCCGCCUGAGAUUGUCCGUAACCACGUCACGGGCAUCUUCUUCGACAACAAAGUGUACUACAACACUUGGUUCCUCGACCGAAAAUAUGCCAUUCAUGGUAUCCAGAUGAUUCCGGUGUCUCCGAUUAACGAGUUGGCUCGUACCUCGACGUUCGUGGAGCAGGAGUGGAAUGAUAUUCUGUCUAAGGAACGCAUUGUCACGAUGAAGAACAGCAACAAUACGUGGUUAUCGCUGUUGCUCGUCAAUGCUGCCACGGUGAACCCAAUGGAUUCACUUCACAAACUCAAGAAUGCAACCAUGGAUGAUGGCCUUUCACGCUCGUGGGCGUUGUACAACGCGGCCACUCGUUGCAGAGAUGAUGUGGAUGUCCAUGUUACCGAAUCGAUCAAGUUGACAGUCCAGGCGUAACUUGGUUGGAAGCAGAGCACAAUAGGGACAUUCUGCUAGUAAUGAGGCUUCAUAAGAUGCACGAAUUUUACCUGUGGUUUGUUACGGACGAAAUUUGAUCGAUAAAAACGCUUUAACAAUUGACUAAGCUUUGGG